GUAUUUUUCGUCUCCCUCCCCGUCUAUCUGUUUCUCGCACAUACAGGGGCGCGCACGAGCUAUCCCAGGUCUACGGGGGAGGGCGGGGUUUGCCGCGAAUGCUGAAAGGGGAGAUUUGGGUCUGAUCCUUUGGAAUCUGGUCGUCCGAUCUCUUCCUUCCACUUUAAGAAUAGCUCAGGGGGGUUGAUACAUUUACUGAAAGCUCAAAGCACACCGAUAUAGUAGUUCCCUGAAAUGGGUGGCAAGGAUGAGCACGUGAAGAUCACAAGCGAGCGCAAGCCUGGGUUUCUGGAGCGCCUCAGUGAGACUUCUGGAGGGAUGCUUGUUGGCCUGGCCACUUUUGCCCUGUCUUUCUAUGUUCUUUUUACCAAUGAGGGGCGAGCUUUGAAAACAGCCUCCUCUUUGGCUGAGGGGCUUUCCCUAGUGGUCCCACUUGACAACAUCCAGAUUAUAUCCCAGGAGAAUGACAAGAAACUUGUGCACUUAUCUGGUAUCCUUAGAACAUCAAAGCCUUUAUAUGAUCCCAGCUAUGGGCUUUCUGUUCGGGCAGUGAAGCUCAAACGUCAGGUGGAGAUGUAUCAGUGGGUUGAGUAUGAAGAUUCAAGAGAAUAUGAAGAAAAUGGUGAAGUAAAGAAAGAAACAAGAUAUUCUUACAAUACAGAAUGGAAAUCAGAAGUUGUGAACAGCAGAAAUUUUGACCGAGAAAUUGGACAUAAAAACCCUAGCGCCAUGGCUGUCGAAUCUUUCACUGCAGUUGCUCCUGAUGUUCAAGUUGGCAAAUUCAUUCUUUCCAGGGGCCUUAUUGAGAAGAUCGAUAAUUUCAAGCAGAUGAGCCUAUCAAAACUAGAAGACCCUCAUGCAGAUGUGAUCCGCUCAGGGAAUUAUUUCUUUCAUAGUGAGAAUCCUCGACGUCCAGAAGUUGGGGAUCUUCGUGUUUCAUUCUUCUAUGCAGGUUUGAGUGAAGACUUCUCACACAUGGGUCCACCAGAUAUGGUGACCAUAGUUGCUCGUCAGCAAGGGGAUCACUUGGUUUCAUACCAAACCAAAUCUGGGGAUGUCUUAUAUUUUCUCUAUUCUGGAGAGCUCACAGCUGAGGAAGUAUUUCAGAAAGAACAUGAGAGUAACAACAUGAAGACCUGGGGUCUACGUGCAGCUGGAUGGUUAUCUAUGUUUGUAGGCAUCAGCCUUAUGACCAGAAUUGUUCAUACACUAGUGGAUUGGUUUCCAUUUGUCCGGGAUCUGGUUAACAUUGGUUUGAAAGCGUUUGCCUUUUGUUUAGCCACUUCUCUAUCACUGCUGACCAUUUCAGUGGGCUGGCUCUUCUAUCGGCCAUUCUGGGCAAUAUUGACUGGUUUGCUGGCUAUAGUUCCCAUUCUGAUUGCAAGAUCUCAGGUUCCACCAAAAAAACAGCAGUGACAUCAUGGACCUUAUUUGCACCUGCAUUUCUUUGGAAACUUCAUACAUUUAGUGCUUUUAUCAUAUUUGAAGCAAUUACCAUCGUGGGAUUUGUGCUCAAAACAAAAAACUUCUUCAUAUUGCAACACAGAAAAUGCAACACCAAUGUAUUCUAUUUUGGUUUUAGAUGUGUUACUUUUAUUAUGCAAUCCAGGGGUAAGGAAUUAGUGGCCUUCUAAGAGCUUCUGAAUUACAGCUCCCAGGUGCCCUUGAUAGCAUGAUCAGGGAUGCUGGGAUCUGUAGAUCAGCAAUAUCUAGACCAGGACUGCACAACUUGUAGAGGAGAAAAGGCCACAUUGAUAAAUUAAAAAUAAUCACAGGCCACAAAGGAAUCCCUGGUGUGCCAGUCAGCUGUUUGGCAACUAGGAGUGUGGUGACAGUAUUGGAGGUGGCAAUGAGGCCUGGAGGUGCUCAGUAGCAUGUCUUUCGGGGCAGUGGUGAAUUUAUUGACUUUUUAAAAAAAUCCGGCAUGCUGCACAAGGCUGCUUGGCUGGCCAGUUGUUGUGCAGGCCUGAUCUAGAGGUUCACAGGUUCCACACCCAGUGGAAUCAAAUGAAAAAGUGCAACUGUCCCAGUUUUUUUUUUUUUUUAAAUAGAAAGUUGAAUGAAAUGUAACAAGACCAAGGAGAUUAGGUUUUCUGGGUAACUUGUUUCAAAUGUCUUCCAAUUUUCAUUGAGAAGAAUAGUUGAUAAAUGGACUCUAUGGGGACCAUAUGAGGCUUUGAAGAGUGGGUAAACCAUUGUAAUAUUAAUUUGCCUAUUCCUUAUCCAUACUAUAACUUUAUAUAUUAUAGUUUUACUGCAUGCAACAGUUUUUGUCAUACUUCACUUAUCUUGAUCUUUGUUGUUCUUACUAUCCUGUGUGAAUUCUCAUGUAGGUAACUUACCUUAUCUACAAGACCUUGAAUUUUAAGUGGAUCAAAGUGCCCUACACAACACUGGCAUUGCUGUGAUGCUGUUUAUUUUCCUAUUACUAUGUUCAGCAUUCUUGUAUCUCAGUUUUAUGAUUUAUCCUUAUCCCAUGCUUCUUUAUUUUUUAAAUAUGUUACAUGAUUUAUGAUCUCAGCUGGGUCUUUACCUGUGACUUGUCAGACUGAGAAUUAUUUCCUGAACCAACUUAGUAAUUUCCUGAUGGUUUCAUUAAGAAUUUAUGAUUUUUAAGACUAAACCAAAGAUAUAUCAACAGGGAGAAGAGACUAUCUGCUCUCUAUGUAACUUGCUCCAUGGGCAAAUAAAUAUAUUAUUUUUUAAUGAAAGAUUAUGUAGAGUAAGCCUGGGUACUUAAUGUACUGACUGUACUCUGACGAGAUUUUGUUUGAAGCCUGCCCAAUUUCAGAAAAAAAGGUGCAGUGGUAUAGAAUUGGGUUCUUUAAAUUUUUAAAACAAACUUUGUAACUUUGUUGAUUUUUUCCAGACAAAAGACAUUUGCCUUUUCUCUGGAAUAAACUCUGCUGAAUUUCAGACAGAUAAAUAUGAAGCCUUCAGUGACCUGGAUUUUUUAACCAUUGGUGUUGAACAAGCCAUAAUUACCUACCUUGUAUAUAAUGCUAAGCUAAAAUGGUUCACUUUACACAUUAUGAAAGCAAAUGAAUUACUUUAAACUUAGUGCUGCAAAGAAUAUGAAUAGCUAUCCAUAUUUUAUGGAUACAGUGAGCCAGAAUUGCGUUUUUUUUUCCUUGUACCUUCAAUCACUGCUUUUGCUGGGUUCAGAACAGUAAAUUGUGCAGCCUUCCGAUAGUCCCAGUUCAAUUGGGACUAUUUUAUAGAGAUGCUACUUUAAUUUGUAGGCCACAGAAUCUAAAGCAGUCAAAUUUGAAAAAGCCAGUGUAUACUCUAUUACAAACUACUAUUGUCAACAAUGAGAUGAUCCAAAACAUGGAUCACGUAGAAAUCUCUGGUGGAGUAUAUCUGCAAUCUACCAAGAUAGAGAGGUAGGCUCUCAUACUCUAUAUUCGAAGUCAAUCAGUAUUCUUCUCAGAUCAUUAUUAGAGGUACUAUAAGCCUAAGAGUAACAACUAGUUGGGAAACCAAAACUGUGGAAGUAAAUUAGAGUUCAUUAGUAUCAUCCUGGACCUGCUCUCUUAAAUGUUGGAUUCCAAACUUAAGUGGGGAUUCCUUGGUGGUGCUAUCUAAUGUGAAUGAUCUCAUUUCAUUAAAGUCCAGAUACAAUUUGCCAUGUUGUUAUUUAACAUUUUGUUAAGAUAUCAGUUGUAUCACUGGUACAGAAUGAAGCAUGGUGACUGCUUCCAGCUAAAAUGUAAAGUUUGUAUUCUUUAUUUUUACAGUAACAUUUUAAAAAAAAUUUCUAUGAAUGGAAAUGCCUCUUUUCUAUUUUACGAAUAAAGCUUCAAGAAAAUAUAUAUGAUUUGCAUGUGUGUUUUGAAACCACGAUUCAUUAUUAAAGGUAACAGAGUUAAGAGUUGAAGGUGCCAUUUAGACCACUGAGUCCAGGCUCCUGUUCGGUGUAGGAAUCCAGAAUAAAGUAUCCCAGAUAGCUGUCUAGCCUCUGUUGGAACACAUCCAGCAAAGGAGCAUUUGCCAUCCCUGGUAGUUUGCUCUACAGUGUUCUUACUGUUAGGAAGCUAGCAUUCAGUUGGAAUCAGUUAUUCUGUGUCCUGUACUCAGAAACAAGGAAAAUGCCAUCCUCUAUGUGUCAUCCUUUUAAGUUUUUGAAGAGUGCUAUCAUUUCUCCCUUCAGUCAUCUUUUAUCUUUCACAUACCUGCCUCUGUCAAUGUCUGUUCAUAGGACUUAAGUGGUCUCUAAUCUUCCUAGUUGUUGUUCUCUGUUCCUUUUCCAGUUUGA